AUGCCCGCCGAAAGUGUUCUUUACCUCUUCGGCCCUUUUCCCAACGAGGACCCUUCCACCAACAUGAACCCUCUACCAGAGAUAUCGAGUUACGAGAUCAACCACCAAUCAAACGAUAAGAAGCUCCGUGACUCUACGCUCAAGGGCAAUCUAUGGAUCUGGGAGUCUACGAUGUACGAGGCUUUAGGUCCUCAUGAACAUAUCCUCACGUUGAUCGGCCUAAAACACUGCCCCAAUAAAGACGACAAACCUCGGUUCCUGAAGCUCGAGAAAUCACCGCAUGGAAACCUUCACGACCGCAUCAUUCAGGGUAGUGCACCACCUAUGGCCACACGCAUGCGUAUGGUCCUCAAUCUUGCAGAAACCUUGCAGCAUAUUCACAGCCAAAAGAUCAUUUGGGGUGCCCUCUGCCCUCAGUACCUCCUUCUCUUCGACAGCUUUCACAUGAAGCUUAGCUGCUACAAGGGUUUUCGUCGAGGUGAUGACUUCUUCGUGGGUGCCUGUGAACUGGAUACCCAUGAAAGGGUUCCUUUUUUAUUGAGACCCGGCUAUGAAGUUACCGCACCCGGAUAUAUAUGUAAUACCACUGCCCAUGAGCAGGAAAUGUUUAUGCUUGGGUCUUGUAUCUGUGAGAUUACGGAGUGGGCGAUUCUAUAUAGCGAAAUCGACAGAAACGAGUAUGAGGAGAAGCUUAGGAAGAGGGAGCUUCCACCAGUCAGGGAGAAUAAUCUUGCAAAGGAUGUGAUUCAGAAGCUGUGGAAGUUCAAGUACAGCUCGGCUGAAGAGGUCUCCGAUGACAUUCGCAAGCUUCUGGACUGA